AUGUCUGAAACUAUUUUCCGUCAAGCUCGUGCUAGAAAUAAUAUAUUACUUGAUAAUAUUAAUGAAUUAAAUGAAUAUGAAGAAGAAGUUUUAUCAGAAGAAAUAAAUUCCUUAAAUAUAAACAAUAUAGGUUUUAAUCCAAAUAAACAUCAAACUCAAAAAGCUAGUAUAAAUAUAAGUGAUUUACAAAAAGAUUAUUAUAUAAAUCGUUUAUGGAGAAGUAUUUCUCUUAGUCCAGAUGAUUGUAAAACUUCU